AUGGUCCGGAUUCAUAAUACAGGCAAUGCCACUGAAGAGUACAACACAGUCCUUAAAGAAGUGAAGAACGCUUUGAAUGAGGCUGCAGACUGUGACGAGAGUGAUCCAGAUAAAAACUGUACAACGCUGGACAUCGAUGUGAAUUCAACCGUGGUCAGAAAAGAAGAGUUUGAUCCAGAGGUUCUACACGUACCACAACACUCUGCUACGGGGAUCGUGUGCGUCUCUGUGUGCGACAGCCGACACCAGAACCACUACACCUGCCAGCCGGGCCACUGCAGCCUGGCUGCCUCCGGACCCGCCUGCUUCUGCCCGAUCUCAGACUCGCACUGGUUUCUGGGAAGCCACUGUCAGAAUAAGAUCUCCAAAGCCGGGGUCUACGCUGGGGUGAGCCUGACCACCAUCGUGCUGCUGGCUGCUGUGAUAGGACUCCUCAUCUACCAGCUCAGGACCAAGAGACUAACAGAACAGAGGUGAGAACUGAGGACACAGAGGGACUG